CUCGUGUUUGCCUUGUAUAACAGCAAGUGUAGUCUAAGUGAAAAUAUACAUAUUUUUUUAGGGUUUCUAGAGAAACAACAACUAUAUAUAUAUAUAUAUAGAGAGAGAGAGAGAGAGAGAGAGAUAUGAGUAGCAUGUAUCAUCACCAUCAUCCUCAUCAUCUUUCAGGGAAGAACAUUAAUAUGCAUGUUUCUACUUCAAGGAUGAGUACCAUUCCUCCGGAAAGGCAUUUGUUUCUUCAAGGAGGAGCUGGGAACGGCGGUGCCGCCGCCGCCUCCGGCGGCGGCCAUGGAGACGCUGGAUUAGUCCUCUCUACCGACGCCAAACCCCGCCUCAAGUGGACUCCGGAUCUCCAUGAGCGGUUUGUAGAAGCUGUCAAUCAACUUGGUGGAGCAGACAAGGCUACUCCCAAAACUGUAAUGAAACUCAUGGGGAUUCCAGGACUCACCUUGUACCACCUCAAGAGCCAUCUUCAGAAGUAUAGACUCAGUAAGAAUCUACACGGACAAGCAACAAGCCCAACCAAAAUUGGUACGGUUGGUGGGGGGCCGGUAGUUGAAAGAAUAUCAGAAGCAAUGAGUGCAAAUCAUAUGAACAAUUUAAGCAUUAUAAAUGGGCCUCAAACAAACAACAGAGGUUUUCAUAUAAAUGAAACACUACAAAUGCAAAUCGAAGUACAAAGAAGGCUCCAUGAACAGCUCGAGGUUCAACGACACUUGCAGCUUCGAAUAGAGGCUCAAGGAAAAUACUUGCAGGCAGUGCUGGAGAAAGCUCAGGAGACACUCGGAAGACAAAACGUGGGAACCGUAGUGGGACUCGAAGCAGCCAAAGUUCAACUCUCCGAACUUGUUUCCAAGGUAUCCACUCAGUGUCUCAACUCGGCCUUCCAAGCUCCGCCGCUUGAACUGACUCCUUGCCCUAACCCUAGCCCUGGCCGCAGCCACGGCCAGGGCGGGGGUGGGGGCAGGGCCGGGCAACCUAACGAUUGCUCGGUCGAUAGUUGCCUGACAUUCGAUCACGGAUCCCAAAAGGACCAAGAAAUCAUAGCUCAUCGCAACAACACAAAUGGGAUGGUUUUGAGAGCUUACCAUAACAAUAACAAUAGUGCUAUUACUAACACUAAUACUACUACUACUUCAUUUUUUGAUUCCAAAGAAGGUAAUACUACUAGUUCUACUCCAGAAGAGAAACUCGAUCACAACAACAUGUUUCUCAGGCAAGAAAGAAGAGUGUUUUCCAUCGAAAGAAGUGGGUUGUCGAUGAGCAUUGGAGGGAAUAAUCAUGAUAUCAGAUGGGACAGUACAGAAGAUCACAACAGCUUUAGUACUGGUUCAAGAGCACUAGCACUGGAUUCGGUCAAGGUGGAUAAUGAUGAAGAAGAUGAAGAUGAUGAUGAUGAGAAUGAGAAGGUGUCUCAAACAUGUAGUACAAGAUCUUCUGUGCCUAAUUUCUUUGCAGCGAAACUUGAUCUGAAUGCUCAUCAUAAUGAUCAAAACGACUCCUCUUCGAACUGCAAACAGUUUGACUUGAAUGGAUUCAGCUGGAGCUGAGGAAAGAGAGAAAGAGAGAUAUCAGAGUUAUUAACUUCAUCACCACAUGCAUGGUUUUAUGUACGUAGAUUUUGAUUAGUUUCAUUGAAAUUAUGACCAUGUGAUGUGAACGAUCGAGUUUUUUUCGACAUUGGAUUCAGCAUAGUACGUAGCUCGAUCGAUGUGCAUGUGGCCAAGAAAUGAGAAUCGACAUUGAAGAAGUGCUUAUUGUACAAUAUCUCAUUCAAUAACAUUGAGAUUAUCUUUUACAAUAA